GCACUUGACUACUAAACAUUGCCACUCCAGCACAUCCAGCACCACGCUUUCUUACUCACAAAAAAUGGGGAGGAAGGGAGCACAGAGAAAAGUGGCUUCUAAAAGUAUUCACAUCCCCUUUUUCAAGCUACCAUAGGAGCAUUAUCUUCCCCUGAUUUCCCAUCAUCCCAUCAGCCAUACAGAAUGCUUUUUGAAGGAGUGUUUGAGACAUUAAGGACAGAGCAGAAAAGCCUUGGCUGGCAGGAGAGUGCUGCUGCUGCCCAGGGAAGAGCAGUUCUCUCUUGCUGCACCAUCUCACCUCAUCUAUCGCUCCAGUGACCUGCUCAGUGAUCAUUCCUUGGAGAUCCAGCUCUACAAACAGCAUCUGCCAGAGAUGCAGAUACGCAGUAAAAUGGAGUCAACAGGUAUGAAGUAGAACCUGCUGCUACAGUGCUCUGGCAGCUUAAGAGCUGUUGCCUCCCCUGCACAACUCAGAGCAACAAGAAGCAGCAAAAAGCCAGAUUACUUUCCUCACAAUGGCGGUAUCACAAAAGUCUCUGUCAUACCAAGCUGCCCCAUGCUGCUGCAGAUCCUUUUCCGUGGCCUGUGCACUCCAAUUAGUCAUGAAGCUUAGUGUCUUCUUACAGAGCAAAGAAUUUUGAAGACAUGGGCACAGGAUCAAUGUAAACAGCAGAAGAAUAAGAAAUGCUUAGAGUCCUGUUUGAUAGCACUCCUAAGCUUUAGAAUAUGAAGUUCAGAGCUCCUGUGAACAGCAGUCACUGCAGUAGCAGUGAGGACUGCUGGCCAAGGCAUGCAACAUGAGGCCACUGCCAAAGGACAGGUGGACUGGGAAUGCAACUCCAGCCUAACAUAGGGCUCAAGAGGGGAACCCAGGAACUACAGACUAGUACGCCUGACUUCCACAUGGGCAGCACAAAGGUCUAUGAAAAGACUAGUUAAGACCACUAAACCAAGAGAUAAACACAGCAUCAAGGCCUUGAGUGCUCAAGCUCAGGGCCAAACUUGCACAGCUGGAUCCCUUUGGAAGAGUUCUGAGGGCUGCUCCUUCUUCCCUAAUGAGCUACUUCAAAGUGAAGCUCUUACUCUGCACUUGGCCACAGAUCCAUGCAUCCAGGUGCUUGCUCACAAAUUUACCUCCUGAUUUGACCAUGGACAUGCCUAGUAGGAACCAGUGGCCUAUGCCUGACUGGUUACCAUCUCCAGAUGUACCCCUGAACUCCUCACUUGACUUUCCAGCUUGCCCUUGGGCAUGCACCACAGCUGUGGACUUGUCCAGCAGUUGCAGGGUUGUGUCUGACCCUGGCUACUGUGCCUAGCCCACCACAGCCAGGCCUGCCCUGCUCAUUCCACCUGGAAUCAAUGGCCAGGUCCCUUGCUGGUGGGGCUGCCAUCCCCAGCCACCUUCCUACAUUUUCUAGCCUCAAGAAGCUGUUUUUCCAGUCACAAACUUGUGUAAAGCAGUGAGCACCGUUGUAAGGAGACAGUACCACCUCACCAACCUGAUGGAGUCUAGGACAUGUCAACCGGCAGAUCUGAUCCUGAGCCUCUUUUCCAAGCAAUUAAACACUAUGAAGGCAAGGAGUGCCAGACAACUCUCAGAAAACCAAGCAAGUGGUCUAAAGCAAUGCCGAUGACUUUCGACAUACACAAAGUAGCUAAAAAUAAACUCAGAACUGCCAGUUCUGAACUUGAGAGAAAAGUCUGAGUGACAGUUCAAUAAAAUCAGUGUCAACCUGCAGCAAGAACCAUGGACAUCUGCAGACAUCUGAUGCUUGCCAUCAAACUGAAGGAUUUUGAGGCCAAGACUGAAGGCAUCAUUUUGCCACUGAGUAAAACAUUGCCCUGCACCUUGAGCACUCAGCUCUAGGCUGCGCACCUCCAGAGCAGCGCUGUGGAGACAAGGUGGCUAAAAUGACUGCAGCGGCUCCAGGUCAGCCCAAACCCACCCCACCAUCCCCCUGACCACAGCCCUCCAUGCCACAUCACAGUUCUUGAACACCUCCAGGGACGGUGACCCCAACACCUCCCUGGGCAAAAGCAAACUAGGAAGAAAACUCCCAGGAAGCAGUAUGAAGCAAAUAGAAAGAUCUAUCCUCAAACCCACCAUGGUGUCAGGAGAACUCUCUCACGGCAGCAGCUGCAGCUUUACCACUGCCCUCGAGGGCACGAAGUCUUAAAGUGCCUCAGACCAGACUCACAGACAAGUCCCGGCCAACGCGGCUCUCCCGCCCCCACAGUAGCCCUCCCUACCUGAGCCACCACAUGUAGCUGUGCUCGUAGGGGAAGAAGCUGUGGGGGUCAUCGCAGCAGUACUUGACGUCCUGGAAGCCGCAGCAGUACACGGCGCGGGCAUCGCCUCCCACCCGCGGGCAACUGAAGCCGCUCACCAGCACCCUGUCAGCGUUGAGGCUUUACCUUGAGAUGAACCACAGGCAAGGGGUUUUCAGCAGCUUGAAAAGAGGCUGGGUCCUCCUCAGGCAGGGUACAUUCCCUCAACACCUGAACAGGGUGAGGCUGGUAACAGCAACAGUUACCAUCAGAAGAUUUAAACAAGGGACUAAGCAUCUUACAUCGUCAACUCACUGAAAAACAAUCAGAUUACAUUCAGGGCAGUUGUUUUUAAACUGAACUUUAAAAGGAAUGGAAUCCAAGAGAAAAAUGACUAAAACUCAUGCAGUUAAAAGGCAGAAAUAAGUUCCAAAAGUAGUAUGUACAAAGGUAACAUGCUUCAAGUUUAAUAGCUGCAAUCCAGUGCAAUUCAUCGUGCUGCACAAAGGACAGGCGCACAGGCAUUCUGUCUGCCACGUAUACAGGGAGCAGCCUGCAGAAGGAACACUGACACACAGAGCUUAAGCAGAUGUCCAACAUCAAGAAAUCAUGCAACGUUCUACAUGGAUGAAAAGUCUUUCAUCGUCCUGUCUAUAGGGAAAAUACAUUGUGCUGAGAAUCUGAAGUUCUCAUCUCAUCUUCACAGGACUGAUUUGAAGCCACCACCCAGCUGACCUCAGCUGCCCGUUGGACAGCACUGCGGCACUGCCAUUUUUGUCACUGCUGACUGGAUUAGGCCCACGUUCCUAAAGGUCUGCUCUGCACAACUCCCGAGUAGCAAAACAUUGAGCAGACAAUCAGCCACGAUCCUUGCACAGGGGAUUUAAAAUCAACUUCAGAUUACUGGAGAAUUGCACUUCAACAGGACUCGAGAUAGGAGAAGCAGGUCUUCACUAUAAUGGAAGAGGCCAAGAGCUCAAAGAAUGGAAAUCAUGACCCAAGGACGUCUGUCCGUCUUGUCAGUGAGGAGGGCAAAGCAGUUAAAGUUACAAAUAAUCAAAAUUAUAAGCAUAAUAGAAAUGACAAAUCUGUGAAAGAUAUUGGGAGAAGUUCUCCAAGUGGGAAUAGCAGCAAAAAAAGCAAACAAAAUGAUGUUUUUUCUGAAAAACAAGGAGAAAAUAAAUCAUGCAAAGUAAAUAGUUGUAUUCCUGGGACUAAAGACACUGGGUCAAAUGUUCAGGAGCGAAAUCAUGGAAAAGUAAAAAAAAAUUCUAAUUUAUCAUCAGCAGUGGAAAACCUGAAACAGACAAAAGCUCAACAAAUGGGAGAAAACUUUCUGGGCUGUCAUGUUUCAGGGAAUGGGGUCAAUAUGGAAACCUUAACAGCUACUCAGAAAGGGAAACUGGUAUUGGAAAAUCCACUUGGAGUUCAUGCAUUGAAGACUAACGUUGAUCAGACUGGUGAUCCUGGUAGGACUGCUUCAGAUCAAAGAAAACUGGAACAUAAGCCCGAUGACUUCAGUAAAAUAAAGAAUUCUGAAUCAACUAAAGAACAUACCUUGGAAGCUGAUUAUUUAGAAAACACCGUUGUUAUUGAUGAGUCUAAUCUGACAGCUGAACAGCAACUGGGAUUGAAACAAGCUGAAGAGCGUCUGGAAAGAGAUUAUAUCUCCCGACUUGAAAAACGCUCCCCAGAAUAUACCAACUGUCAGUAUCUAUGCAAGCUCUGCUUAGUUCACAUUGAAAAUAUCCAGGGAGCUCACAAGCAUAUUAAAGAAAAACGUCAUAAGAAAAAUAUAAUGGAAAAACAAGAAGAAAAUGAGCUGCGUGCCCUCCCACCCCCUUCUUCUGCACAGUUGGCUGCCCUGAGUUUUACACUCAUUGAGGCAGCAAAUGAACAAGGCAUAUCAGAUGAUGACUUCAGAAUUCGUCAAGAAAUUGUAAACGAGAUGGAGAAAAUUAUUCAACAGCCCUUACCAGACUGUUCACUGAGGAUGUAUGGCUCCUGCUUAACUCGAUUUGCUUUUAAAACCAGUGAUAUUAACAUUGAUAUAAAAUUCCCACCUAAGAUGAGUCAACCAGAUGUUCUGAUACAGGUGCUUGAAAUCUUGAAGAACAGUGCUGUCUACUCAGAGGUGGAGUCAGAUUUCCAUGCCAAAGUUCCUGUUGUCUUUUGCAAAGAUAUUAAAAGUGGUUUGACAUGUAAAGUUAGUGCUAGAAAUGAUGUGGCUUGCCUUACAACUGACCUGCUGGCUGCACUUGGUAAACUGGAGCCUGUCCUCAUUCCUUUGGUUUUGGCUUUCCGCUACUGGGCUAAACUCUGCCACAUUGACUGUCAGGCUGAAGGUGGAAUUCCCUCGUACUCCUUUGCCUUAAUGGUGAUAUUUUUUCUUCAGCAAAGAAAACCACCUAUUUUACCAUCCUAUUUGGGCAGUUGGAUUGAAGGCUUUGAUUCAAAGAAGCCAGAUGACCACCAGCUGAAAGGUAUAGAAGAAGAUGAGUUUGUACGGUGGGAGUACAAACCAUCAACAAAUGGUUCAGCGAAGAACUCAGUUGGAGCAGAAGGUAAAACUAAAGUUGAACAGCAAAAAGGUGGUGGUAAGAAAGUAACAAGCUCCGAAGUGGACAACCAAAGCAAUGCGAAGGAGAAGCACGGCAAUUCUCUCUUAGCAUUCAAAACCCCUCACCAAGUUUCACUGGGGCAACUGUGGUUAGAACUGUUGAAGUUUUACACACUGGAAUUUGCUUUGGAGGAGUAUGUCAUCAGCAUACGGGUACAAGAACUCUUAACCAGAGAGAACAAGAACUGGCCUAAAAGGCGAAUAGCCAUUGAAGAUCCCUUUGCACUAAAGAGGAAUGUUGCACGAAGUCUAAAUAGCCAGAUGGUAUUUGAGUACAUCCUGGAGCGAUUUAGGACAGCCUAUAAAUAUUUUGCAUGUCCACAAAGUAAAGAUGGGAUUAAAUCCAAGCCAGAUACCAGAAAGAAAGAGAAAGGGAAAAUAAAUAACAAGAAAUCCACAAGAUCUGAAGAGUCUGUAACCAACUGUUGCCUUCCACAAGGGGAUAAAAUUGUAGAUAAACAAAAUAUAGGAAGUAGAUGUACCAUACCAGAGAAUGAACUUGAAUGUAAUGAAAUGGAAGAAUCCGUAGCCAAAAGAUACACUUUGAAGAACAGAGCCUCUUUGCUACUUUCAACAUUGGACUCUACUUAUGAUGAAGACAAAGAAGAAGCAUUACCCCUUAUUUCUAAUGAACGCUGUGAAUUAAAGCAAAAAUCACUUAAGGAAAGAGAUGAUCUAGAAAUUUCAGAAGUUUGUCUGACUGAAGGUGAGCUGAGCCACCAUUGUAACUGCAGUGAACAUCAGUCCUAUGACACAAAUUCUAGUAAUGAAUUCUCUGAUGCUGAAAGUAGACAGAGUUUGGUAACGGAGUCUUCUCAGAACAAGUGCACUGGCACACCAGCUACCUCGCACAACUGCAAAGCAAUGGUGGAAGCUCACGAUCUCAAAGAUGAAGGCAGACUCUCUACAGAAGAAAUGCAUUAUGUGUUUGAUAAGUUUAUUUUAACUUCAGGAAAGCCUCCAACUAUAGUAUGCAGCAUCUGCAAACGGGAUGGACAUUCCAAAAAUGACUGCCCUGAGGAUUUUAAGAAAAUUGAUCUAAAACCACUACCACCAAUGACAGACCGAUUUCGGGAAAUACUUGAUAUAGUGUGCAAGAGAUGUUUUGAUGAAUUAUCUCCUCCUUUGUCUGAGCAACAAAACAGAGAACAAAUUCUGGCAAGUUUGGAAAGAUUUAUUCGUAAAGAGUACAAUGAUAAAGCUAGACUUUGCUUGUUUGGUUCUUCAAAGAAUGGAUUUGGAUUUCGGGACAGUGAUCUAGAUAUCUGCAUGACAUUGGAAGGCCAUGAAAAUGCAGAGAAAUUGAACUGUAAAGAAAUAAUAGAAGGUUUGGCAAAAGUUCUUAAGAAGCAUCCAGGUCUGAGAAACAUCUUGCCUAUAACAACAGCCAAAGUGCCUAUAGUAAAAUUUGAACACAGACGAAGUGGCUUAGAAGGAGAUAUCAGUUUAUACAAUACACUGGCCCAGCAUAAUACAAGAAUGCUGGCUACGUAUGCAGCUAUUGAUCCUAGAGUGCAAUAUCUGGGUUAUACAAUGAAAGUUUUUGCAAAGCGCUGCGAUAUUGGUGAUGCAUCCCGUGGUAGUCUGUCUUCAUAUGCCUAUAUUCUUAUGGUUUUGUACUUUCUACAACAGAGAAAUCCACCAGUUAUUCCAGUUCUUCAGGAGAUAUUUGAUGGAAAGCAGAUUCCACAGAGAAUGGUAGAUGGAUGGAAUGCCUUUUUCUUUGAUGACAUGGAAGAACUGAAGAAGCGUCUACCUUCUCUUGGAAAGAACACUGAAUCUCUUGGAGAACUCUGGCUGGGGUUGCUGCGAUUUUACACUGAAGAAUUUGACUUCAAGGAAUAUGUGAUCAGCAUCCGACAGAAGAAGCUGUUAACUACAUUUGAGAAACAGUGGACAUCAAAGUGUAUUGCUAUUGAAGAUCCUUUUGACUUGAAUCAUAAUCUUGGUGCUGGAGUCUCUAGGAAAAUGACCAAUUUCAUAAUGAAGGCAUUUAUCAAUGGGAGGAAAUUAUUUGGUACCCCAUUCUACCCAACUGUUGGAAGAGAAGCUGAAUACUUUUUUGACUCAAAAGUGCUGACGGAUGGAGAAUUGGCACCCAAUGACAGAUGUUGUCGUGUCUGUGGAAAAAUUGGUCACUACAUGAAAGACUGUCCAAAGAGGAGGAGGUUAAAGAAAAAAGAGAAUGAGAAAGAUGAUGAAAAAGAAGUGAAAGAAGAUGACAGAGAAACAAGAGAGAAGAGGUGUUUCAUCUGUGGAGAUGUGGGUCAUGUUAGAAGAGACUGUCCUGAAUUCAAACAAGCCCGUCAGAGAAAUAAUAGUGUGCCAAGCAGCCAGUUGGUCCGAAGCAUGGUAAAUUCACAGCUAGUGGCUGUAAGCCAGCAGCAAGUGGAAGGACCUUUGCGCACUAGACAGUCAUCGGAAUGUUCUGAUUCGCAUCAGUCAUCUUAUUCUCCACAACCUCAACAAUUUACACAGAAUUCCUCUCAGCCAGCCUCCAUUAACCAGACUCAGCCACAACCAAUACCCCAGUCUAAGCACGUUCCGCAACCACAGCAGGGUGCACAGCCACCCCAUCAGGUCCAGCUGUCUUUGUUUAACUUUCCCCAAUCUCCCCCAGGUCAGUAUUCUACCUUGCAUAACCUGGGACUACUUCAGAUGCACCAUCACCACCAAAUUCAGCUUCCCAACACUUCGUGGCCUAUUCAUGGGCCUGUUAUUCACUCUGCACCGGGUAACCCUCCUCAUUCUACAAAUGUUCCGUUUUCUAUGAGAUCUGGCAGCAGCAGCACCACAAAUAACCAGAGCAGUGUAAGCUUGAAUGAUCCCAGUAUCAUCUUUGCACAGCCUGCUGCCAGGCCCAUGGGAAUCCCCAGCACUUCUCAUGAGGGACACUGGCACAAUCCUGUGACUCCAAACUCACUGGUGAACAAUGGCACUGUGGGGAAUUCAGAUCAGGGUUUCCAAGGACAGUUUGGUAAAAUGAACCCUCCUUCUGUCCCUUGGGACCAUGGGACCCCUACCCAUUUUCCUCUCCUCCGAGGAGCGUGGCCUUACAAUAUGCCUCAGAACUACAUGCAGCAGGGAAAUGCCAGCUAUCCACCGAACAAACCUUUCUACCCUCAAGCUGGUCCACUGAUGCAGAGUAACCAGCGGUUCUCGCUUCUGUCUCAAGGACACCCACACUUGAAUCUGAAUUACAUUCAACAGAAAAAGGUCUUGCCGAAUGCUAACUCCGUUAAGAGAUGCUAGAGCUGAGCUAAGGUGUCAUUUUCUUCCCAGUCACAGUAGAUGUCGUGCUGGUUAAAAAAAAAAAAGCCAAAUUAAUUUAUAAACUACAGAAAUACCUGGAGAUUUAGAUCUUGAUCUGUGGCGCCUCUCCCUGGAUCUGCUCCGGUGUCGUCUUGGGCUUUUGCUGCGAUGCCUCUCCCGGCGUGGUGAUGGACUGAGAGGAAAGAAGCUUUUAAGACAUCCAUGCUAAAAAGCAUACAUUUUAACAUGAAGUAAUAGAAUAAAAGUUUACCUUCUUCUCUUUGGA